AUAAAAAAAUUCAUAUGGGUUGAAGGCAAAAUUGAAGAUAAUUUAAAUGUAACACCUACAUUUGAAAAUAACAAAUGAAGGUAGAAGAAACAUUUACAGACAGUGGGCUAUUUAACCCUGAACGUCAUUUUAGUGAAAUAUAUUUUCUGUAGGAAUUGGCCACCUGUGUGCUAGAAGCUUAUUUAUUCGAAAGAGAUAACGUGACAUAAAUGUCUGCAGUGAAAAGUUUUUUCCACAUUUUAUCAAUUUCUUUGACAUGUUCUGCUCAUAAUAAUUAACAUUGUGGGUUUUUUUUACACACCUAAGUGUGAUUAGAGCAUCUAAUUAGCCUCUGAAAAUUUUCAUCUGCCUUAUUAUCACUUUGUUUUAUCUGCCAGACUAAUGCAUCACCUUACAAAACCUAAUGGUACACACACACACACACACACACACACACACACACACACACACACAGACACGCUGUUUGUGCUGUUUUUCAAUCGCCCAAACAAGACGGGACCAGCUGUCCAAUUGCUGUCAAGAAAAUCAAAGGGUAGGAAUGGGAAUGUAUCCAAUCAGCGUCGACGUUGUUUCAGAACGUUUCAGAAGCAUGAUGGGCGAUAGAGCUACUGCCAAGGCUUUCGUUGGUGUUCGGUAGAACUCGGAGAGUCUCGACUCCAGCACGUUUUUGGUCGUGACUCGUGACGCACAUGGAGCAGACGCAGACAUGGACGCCAGUGAGCCUACAACCAGGAUACCGGAUCUCAGCAGCCACUGAAUUCAGUUCGGUCUCUUCUCCAGUAUCCGUUCGAGAGGAGAACUAUGGUGGAAAAACUUAAUGUCAAAGAGCUUGGACCAGAUCAGCCCGACGUAAAGAUAAGCCAGCAGGACAAGGAGAGAGUAAUGUGGAUGUGGAACUUGUGUCUCAUUGGGGACUCCAUUCAUUCUCUGACUGAGGAAUGCAGCGCAUCAGUGCAGCAGCCAACAAAGAAACGGAGGACGUUUGGACAGGGAGAACAGCAGCUGGGUGCAGAGCUGGACUGUGGCAUUCACCCUGGUUUGGAGGGAAUGGAUGCUCUCCCUUAUAUAGACCUCAUAGAUCCAGCUGAGAUAGACCUGCUGCUCAUCAGCCAUUUCCACUUGGAUCACUGUGGAGCUCUGCCCUGGUUCCUCCAGAAAACAAGCUUUAAAGGGCGGACCUUCAUGACCCACGCAAGUAAGGCUAUUUACCGCUGGCUGCUAUCAGACUAUGUCAAAGUCAGCAACAUAUCUGCUGAUGACAUGCUGUACACUGAAACGGACCUGGAGGAGAGCAUGGACAAGAUCGAGACCAUCAACUUUCACGAGGUUAAAGAGGUGGCUGGAAUCAAGUUUUGGUGCUACCAUGCUGGUCAUGUCCUGGGAGCAGCUAUGUUUAUGAUCGAAAUAGCUGGAGUUAAACUGCUGUACACAGGAGACUUCUCCAGACAAGAGGACAGGCAUCUAAUGGCAGCCGAGAUCCCAAGUGUCAAACCUGACAUCUUAAUCAUAGAGUCAACCUACGGGACUCAUAUCCAUGAAAAGAGGGAGGAACGUGAAGCUCGAUUCUGUAACACAGUUCAUGACAUUGUCAACAGGGAGGGUCGAUGUCUGAUUCCUGUGUUCGCUUUGGGGCGAGCCCAGGAAUUGUUGCUUAUCUUAGAUGAGUAUUGGCAGAAUCACCCAGAACUCCACGACAUCCCCAUUUAUUAUGCUUCAUCUUUGGCUAAGAAGUGCAUGGCUGUGUACCAGACGUACGUCAACGCAAUGAACGACAAGAUCCGCAAGGCCAUCAACAUCAACAACCCUUUUGUCUUCAAGCACAUCAGCAAUCUCAAGAGCAUGGACCACUUUGAUGACAUCGGCCCGAGUGUGGUGAUGGCGUCUCCAGGUAUGAUGCAGAGCGGACUUUCCAGGGAGCUGUUUGAAAGCUGGUGCACCGAUAAGAGGAACGGGGUCAUCAUCGCUGGAUACUGUGUGGAGGGAACACUGGCUAAGCACAUCAUGUCUGAGCCAGAAGAGAUCACCACAAUGUCCGGACAGAAGCUGCAGCUGAAGAUGUCGGUGGAUUACAUCUCCUUCUCUGCCCAUACGGACUACCAGCAGACCAGCGAGUUCAUCAGAGCUCUUAAACCGCCACACGUGAUUCUGGUUCACGGGGAGCAGAAUGAGAUGGCCCGUCUGAAGGCCGCGUUGAUCCGAGAGUACGAAGAUAAUGACCAGGUUCACAUCGAAGUCCACAACCCUCGAAACACGGAGGCCGUCACUCUGAACUUCAGAGGAGAAAAGCUGGCCAAGGUGAUGGGCUCGCUGGCUGAUAAGAAAUGUGCUCAGGGUCAGAGGGUGUCAGGAAUAUUGGUGAAGAAGAACUUCAGCUACCACAUCCUGAACCCAUCUGAUCUUUCAACUUACACGGAGCUUGCCAUGAGCACCGUGAAGCAGACCCAGGCCAUCCCGUUCACCGGGCCGUACUCGCUCCUCGUCUGCCAUCUGAGGAACCUCACCGGGGAUGUGGAGGAACUGGAGGGAACCGAGAAGAACGUGUUGAAGAUCUUUAAAAACAUCACUCUGGUCCACGAGGUCGGCAUGGUAAUGCUGGAGUGGGUGGCUAACCCUCUUAACGACAUGUAUGCUGACGCCGUCACCACUGUGGUUCUGGAGGUCCAGUCAAACCCAAAAGCUCAAAAAGUGAUGGAGACCCAGAGUGCCAACAUGGACAUGGAAGUCUUCCAAGCCCGGUUAGAAGUUAUGCUGCAAGACAUGUUUGGAGUAGAAUGUGUGGACUUUAGUGGUGGUAAAAACAUUUCGGUGACAGUCGAUGAGAAAACGGUACACAUCGCCAUGGAAACGCGGUCGGUGUUCUUCGAGGACGAAAACACGGAGGACGACUCCCUGAGAGAGAUGGUGGAACUGGCGGUGCAGCGGCUCUAUGAUGCUCUAAACCCCGUGAUGUGAGGACCGGACUGGGGGCUUUUUUAGGAAAACAGAUUUGCAGGUAGGAAAACUGCAACUACUGCUGCUCUAUUUCCAUGUUUUCCUAUUUUGUCUUCUUAUAUUUAUUUAGAAAAUUAUUAUUAUUAUUAUUAUUUUGCUUUCCUCUUGAUGCACUACUGCUAGGGGAAAUUCCUGAGGCAUUAAUGAAGGUGUCUGAAUGUGAAAUUAAUCAGCCCCAAUUGCUACUGUAAGAGAAAAAAAAACCUUAAAAGGAGUUGUUUGUAGAUAUUAGUGAAGUUUUCAUGUGUUUGUUUUUGUGUAUUUAAUAUAUGAUAAAUGACCCGCACUUGUAAAGCGCCGCUCAGAGAAAGGACUCCAAAGCGCUUUACACUACAGUGUAUCAUUCAUCCAUUCACACACUGAUGGUGAUGAGCUACAAUGUAGCCACAGCUGCCCUGGGGCGCACUGACAGAGGCAUACAUGUGGUCACAAUUUCUGUGCACUGAUGGACAGAUUUCUGCAAGUUUUUAAAAGCACUUAAUGUUUUUUGUGUUUAAUGUGAAAAAUAUAUUAUAAAGCUAUAAAUGAAUGUUCAAAGGAUCUGUAACAGUCAAAUGUGGUAUUAUUAGCUUGUAAUAACAAGACUAUAGUAUUAUUCUUUGUGGUGUGUGUUGUGUACUUUAACCUAAAAGGACGUAUGCCACAUAGAAAACUAGAUUGCUCUUAAUUUUAUUGCACUGUCAAUUAUUUUUAUUUGUAACUGGCUGAAGGUGUGAAUUGUAACAAAUCAUAAUUUCAUUGUAAUUUGUCCAGAAAGGUUGUUUUUAUUUAUAUCAGAUUAGUUUUAUCUUGUGUGAUGGUGCAAUGUAAAUAAAACCUUUCCACCCUAAAAACCGAGAUGUGUGUAUUCUUAGCAUCACUCAGCAAGUGGCUGACUAAUCAGAAUAAGGUGAAAGGAAAAACAGCUAAUAUUCGUCAUCAUAAGAUGUUUAUGUCUAAACAAUAAAACCGUUGACACAA